AUGGGAGUUUCAAAACCAGUAUCUUCAAUUUCUUACGUUUCGUUUUUAGCCGUAUAUUUUUCUUUCUACACAAUAACACCAAUUUGUUCAACUUCCCUACAAUAUGGUUUCAUCAACUGUCUCCACAGAAAUACAAAUAUCAAUUUCCCACUCGAGAAUACGUUCUUUACUCCUGAAAGAAACGCCUCGAUCUUCAUCGAAGUUCUUGAAUCGACGGCUCAAAAUCAACGGUAUUUGACCAAAUCAAUGCCUAAACCGGAUUUCAUAUUUAAACCGGUUCAUGAAUCUCACAUUCAAGCUUCCAUCAUUUGCUCCAAGAAACUCGGUAUUCACUUCCGUGUUAGAAGUGGCGGUCACGAUUACGAAGGCGUGUCUUAUGUUUCACAGAUCGAAGAACCGUUUAUAUUGAUCGAUCUGUCGAAAUUGAGACAGAUCGAUGUUGAUAUUAAAGACAAUACUGUUUGGGUUCAAGCUGGUGCUACCAUUGGUGAGCUUUACUACAGAAUUGCAGAGAAGAGCAAGAUCCAUGGAUGCCCUGCGGGUGUGUACCCGAGCUUAGGCAUAGGUGGGCAUAUAACUGGUGGUGCAUACGGUUCCUUGAUGAGGAAGUUUGGUCUUGCCGCGGAUAAUGUUCUAGACGCAAAGAUGGUCGAUGGUAAUGGUAAAUUACUCGACAGAACCGCGAUGGGGGAAGAUUUAUUUUGGGCGAUUAGAGGAGGCGGUGGAGGGAGUUUCGGGAUAAUUUUAUCAUGGAAGAUCAAGCUUGUUCCGGUUCCUGAAACCCUAACCGUCUUUACGGUAAGCAAAACAUUAGAACAAGAUGCAGGAUUCAAGAUUCUUUCAAAGUGGCAACGAGUUGCGGACAAGCUUGUUGAAGAUCUCUUCUUACGAGUGUUCUUAAGCGUAGCUCGAAACAAUGGGACCAAGACUGUGACCAUGUCGUACAUAGGUCAGUUUCUUGGAGAGAAAGGCACCUUGAUGAAAGUUAUGAAGAAAGAUUUUCCGGAACUAGGGCUAACUCUGGAGGAUUGUAUAGAAAUGAGCUGGAUCGAAUCCAUUGUUUACAGUUCUGGAUACCCGACAAGCUCGCCUCCUCCUACCGAUGUUUUGCUUCAAGCGAAAUCACCUCUCGGAGAAGUUUACUUCAAAGCGAAAUCGGAUUUCGCAAAAGAACCUAUUCCUGUUUUAGGGCUCAAAGGAAUGUUCAAGAAAUUGCUUGAAGAAGACGCAGCGUUAGUGAUUUGGACUCCUUACGGUGGAAUGAUGGACAAAAUCCCCGAAUCUGAGAUCCCAUUUCCGCAUAGAAACGGAACCAUCUUCAUGAUUCAAUAUUACAGGAGCUGGACAGAUAGCGAAAAGAGACCGAACAAACGCAUGAAAUGGAUCAGAGAACUGUACAGUUACAUGACACCUUAUGUCUCAAGCAAUCCAAGACAAGCAUAUGUAAACUACAGAGAUCUAGACCUGGGAGAGAACAAGAACAAGAACAACUCAAAGGUUAACUUCAUAGAAGCUCAAAUCUGGGGAGCUAAGUACUACAAAGACAAUUUUAGCAGAUUGGUGAGGAUUAAAACAAAGGUUGAUCCAGAUAACUUCUUCCGACAUGAACAGAGUAUCCCACCUCUUUCUUCAAGCUAG